AUGACAGAAGAAACAAUAACAUCCAAUAAUAUCCGAUCAGAUUUGGUUGAUACAGCAAUUGCUUUUCUAAAGAAUGCUAAAGUUGCUUCUGAAUCCGUAGAGAAAAAACGUGAAUUCUUACAAAAGAAAGGCCUUACCGACAACGAAAUUGAUUAUGCAUUCAAACUCAUUCCACACAAAGAAACAAACAAGAAAGUCGUUUCUAACAAUCGACCAUCAUUUCUUCGUCGAAUAUUAUCUGAUUUAAUCUUAGCUGGUCUUAUCGGAUUUGCAUUUAAAUUAAUCAAACGUUGGUUUCGAUCAAAACAAUCAAUAAAAGCAAAUGAUUUAAUUGAAACAAUCAAAAAUUUGCAAAAAACCAUCCAAGAAAUGCAAACAAGUGUUAAAAGACUUGAACAAACAACUGAACAGUUACAUUUAACUUUACAUUCAUCACCUGCGAAUGGAUCAUCAUCAUCAUUAGAAGAAAUUAAACGAGAAAUUCAACAAUUAAAAAAUUUAUCUUUAAGUCGUUCGCAAUUUCCAUCAAUACCAAAAGUACCACCAACAAUUCCUGCAUGGCAAUUAGAAGAAGCAGAAAAACGAAAAGCUCGUGCAUCACCAAUCGUAGUUGAAACAAAUAAAAAAACAAUACAGGAUGAUAAUAAAGAUGAUGUUGAUAGUAUUGUUGUUGUUUCGGAAAAUGAUAAAAGAAGUGAUGAUGAAAAUCAAUUAUCAAUAAGUCCAUCAUCGGCAUCAUCCAAUGAUACAUACGCUUAA